AUGACCCAGGCGGAGAAGGGAGAGGCAGAGAACGGGAAGGACAAGGAGCGUGACCGGGAACGCGAGCAGCGCGGCGUCAAGCGUCCCAUCGUCCCCGCCGCCGUGCCCGAGUCCUUGCAGGAGCAAAUCCAGAGCAACUUCAUCGUGGUGAUACACCCUGGCUCGACGACUCUGCGGCUCGGGAGGGCGACGGACACGCUACCCGUGGGCAUUCCCCAUGUCAUCGCGCGGCGGCACAAGCAGCAAGGACAGACGGCCUACAGAGACAGCUGGCUCCUGAGGGAAGGGCUCAAUAAACCUGAAAGUACUGAACAAAGACAAAAUGGCCUUAAAAUGGUGGACCAAGCUAUAUGGUCCAAGAAGAUGUCAAAUGGUGCGAGGCGUAUACCAGUGUCACCUGAUCAGGCAAGGUCAUACAACAGACAGAUGCGGCCAGCAAUUUUAGAUCACAGCUCUGGGGCCAAGUGGACAAACACAUCAAAUCACCCUGAGUUUUUGGUAGGAGAAGAGGCACUGUAUGUUAAUCCACUAGAUUCUUAUAACAUACAUUGGCCUAUUAGAAGAGGGCAGCUGAAUCUCCACACAGGACCUGGUGGCUCCCUCACUGCAGUGUUAGCAGAUCUUGAAGUUAUUUGGUCACAUGCAAUACAAAAAUACCUGGAAAUACCGUUGAAAGACCUGAAGUAUUACAGAUGCAUUUUAUUAAUUCCAGACAUCUAUAAUAAACAACAUGUGAAAGAACUGGUAAAUAUGAUCCUAAUGAAGAUGGGCUUCUCAGGAAUUGUUGUGCACCAGGAGUCAGUCUGUGCUACUUUUGGAAGUGGUUUAAGCAGUGCAUGCAUAGUAGAUGUAGGAGAUCAGAAGACAAGCGUUUGCUGUGUAGAAGAUGGUGUUUCCCAUCGCAACACCAGGCUGUGCCUUGCAUAUGGAGGAUCUGAUGUAUCAAGGUGUUUUUACUGGCUUAUGCAGCGAGCAGGAUUCCCAUAUAGAGACUGUCAGUUAACUAAUAAACUGGAUUGCCUGCUGCUUCAGCACUUAAAGGAAACAUUUUGUCAUCUAGAUCAGGAUAUUUCUGGAUUGCAAGACCAUGAGUUCCAGAUUCGUCAUCCAGAUUCUCCAGCUUUAUUAUACCAGUUCCGACUAGGAGAUGAGAAAUUACAGGCUCCAAUGGCUCUGUUUUAUCCAGCAACUUUUGGAAUUGUUGGACAGAAAAUGACAACUCUGCAACACAGGUCACAAGGUGACCCUGAGGAUCCUCAUGAUGAACAUUAUCUGCUGGCCACACAAAGUAAGCAGGAGCAGUCUGCAAAAGCUACAGCUGAUAGAAAAGCUGUGUCGAAGCUUGGUGCAUUUGAGGGAGACUUGAGAAGUCAAGCCUCAGACAUUUCAGAGAGGAUGUACCCACAAGAAGUGGAACUGGGAUCUUCCCAGAGUGAUUGCAUGAUCGCUGGCAACGAUUCAGAGGAACCUUUAACUGCACACAUGUCCAGGAAAACAGCAAUUUCUCAGUUUGAAGGCAAAGCCCUAGGCCUUGACAAAGCCAUUCUUCAUAGUAUUGACUGCUGUGCAUCUGAUGAUACGAAAAAGAAGAUGUACAGCUCCAUCUUAGUAGUGGGAGGAGGCCUUAUGUUUCAUAAAGCUCAGGAGUUUCUACAACAUCGAAUUCUCAAUAAAAUGCCACCUUCCUUUAGAAGAGUCGUUGAAAAUGUUGAAGUCAUCACAAGACCUAAGGAUAUGGAUCCCCGCUUGAUUGCAUGGAAAGGAGGUGCAGUUUUAGCCUGCCUUGAUACAACUCAGGAGCUGUGGAUAUAUCAGCGAGAAUGGCAGCGUUUUGGUGUCAGAAUGUUGCGAGAGCGAGCCGCGUUCGUAUGGUAAUGGGUAUGCUUACAGUGGAACACGAUCAAUGGAGCAUUCCUGUCCCCAAGUGGCUCCUUUUCCCAGUGCAGAUGUAUUGAUUUUUCUGCUGAGAGAUAUUUUUAUAUUUUGUUAAAACUAACUUCAACUGAGUUUUUUCCAAAAAUGAUGCGAAAGUCUUCAGCAUCGUUAUGCUUCAUCUUUUGGAUUGCAUGCAUUGCAUUCUGUGUACAGAAUAUCACGGUGUGAGAAUGUGAGGUAAAAAGUAUUGACAUGGCAGAUGUUGAGCCAAGAUUCAUUCUAGAUAUGUGUACACAGAAGCAAUAUCUGAAGAAUGCAUGCUGAGGGCUUAAUGCCUUAUUCUGAGUCAUACUCUCAUGUUACCAGAAGAUGAAAUUUUUAAAUAGGCUAUCAUCAUGGCAAAACCCCAAACUAUUCCUUGCUGUUGGUAUUUUGCUUAUACAAUAAAUUAUAUUAUU